AUGGUCAUCCAAGAAACUUACCUGCUCAGCACCCAGGACGCCAUCACUGGCUCUGCGGACAUGGCCUGGCCUUUCCUGACUGUGAUGUUUCAGGGAGAAAAUCCAUCUGUCUGGUCGGGAGCACAUCCUGACAACCAUGGGGCUGUUUUCGAACCAUCUCCGAACAUCUCCUCUUUGACAGUAGAACUAGACCUUCAGGCUUCCAUGAUGUAUUGUAAUAUUUCAGAAAUUAUUCCUGGCCCUACCUUUGGCCAACAGAAGCAUAAAAUCAUACACUCUUACAAGAGUAAUUUUAAUACUUCUUUUCCUGUCCAUCCUUUGUAA